AUGUUGGGUAGAAAAGUCGUCGCAACGUGUCUCCGCAGCGGUGUUCCAUGCGUCUCUUCCGCAACACAAAAUCGUCAAUCUCACACUAUUUGGUAUCCAGAUGCUAAAUUCGAACGACAAUUCAAGGUAAUUUACUUGUUUUUUGUGCUCAAGUUAUUCAAAAACCCAAUCCAAACUAAAUUCUUGUUUAUUUUAGACCGGUGGAACAUUAGGAAAACUCUGGUUGUCGGAACGUGUCUCGGAGUUCGAUGAGCAAAUCGGUUUGGACAAACUGGAAAAGUUGGCCUACUCUGAGCCAGUGAUGAGUGACUCGUACACUGGAAAACACAGAGAAAAGAACUUGGAAAACAUGAUUUUGAAUUUCGGACCACAACAUCCAGCCGCUCACGGAGUAUUGCGUUUGGUUUUGAAACUUGAAGGAGAGGUUAUCAUCAAGGCUAUCCCACAUAUUGGUCUUCUUCAUCGUGCGACUGAGAAACUUAUUGAGCAUAAGACUUUCACACAGGUGAGAUUUUGUUUCUAGAAGAUUCAGAAAAAAUGAAUAAACUAAAAUAUUCCAGUAUUUUCUUGAUAUUUGAAAUUAAUUUCAUUAUUUCCAAAUGAAAAAAAUUCAGAUGAAACUAUACAUAGUCAAAACAAAAAAAAACGAAUAAAAAUUGUAUAUUUAUUUGCAGGCUCUUCCAUAUUUCGAUCGUCUUGACUACGUCUCUAUGAUGUGUAAUGAGCAAGCUUGGUCAUUGGCUGUCGAAAAAUUGCUUGGUAUUGAUAUUCCACCAAGAGCCAAAUACAUUAGAAGUAUGUUGUUUAUCAUUUGAAAUUUAAAAAAUCAAACACAAAUGUUUUUUUUUAGCAUUGAUGGGUGAAUUGACACGUAUCCAAAAUCAUAUCAUGGGUAUCACCACUCACGCUCUUGAUAUCGGAGCGAUGACACCGUUCUUCUGGAUGUUCGAAGAGCGUGAGAAGCUUUUCGAAUUCUCCGAACGUGUUUCGGGUGCUCGUAUGCACGCCAAUUAUGUUCGCCCUGGUGGUGUUGCAUGGGAUCUUCCAAUCGGUUUGAUGGAUGAUAUUUAUGAUUGGGCUGUCAAAUUCCCAGCACGUAUUGAUGAAUUGGAAGAUAUGUUGACUGAGAAUCGAAUCUGGAAAGCAAGAACUAUUGAUAUUGGUGAGUAUUGAUUGUUUUAUUCAGUUUUGUAAAAAAAAAUAAACAAAAUUGUUGAAAACUUGGAUAAUCUUCAGUUUGAAAAAUCAAUAUUUUAAAAUCUUGCAGGACUCGUUUCGGCUGCCGAUGCUUUGAACUGGGGUUUCAGUGGAGUUAUGGUUCGUGGAUCAGGAAUCAAACAAGACGUCAGAAAGACCCAACCAUAUGAUGCUUAUGACCAAGUUGAAUUCGACGUACCAAUUGGAACCAAAGGAGACUGUUAUGACCGAUAUUUGUGUCGUGUUGAAGAAAUGAGACAAUCAUUGAAGAUCAUCCUUCAAUGUUUGAAUAAAAUGCCAGCUGGUGAAAUCAAGGUUGAUGAUCAUAAAGUUGUGCCACCAAAACGUGGUGAAAUGAAAGAGAACAUGGAAUCGCUUAUUCAUCACUUCAAAUUCUUCACAGAAGGUUUCCAAGUGCCACCAGGAGCAUCAUAUGUUCCAAUUGAAGCUCCAAAGGGAGAAUUUGGUGUGUAUUUGGUCGCAGAUGGAACAAGUAAACCAUACAGGUAUGAUAAUCGAAAGUUUAUCUGAACUUCUAUAAUGUAAUUUUUUUGCAGAUGCUUUAUUCGUGCUCCAGGAUUCCCACAUUUGGCCGCCAUUCACGAUGUGUGUUAUAUGGCUUUGGUUGCUGAUGUUGUCGCUGUCAUUGGAACUAUGGAUAUUGUGUUCGGAGAAGUUGAUCGAUAA